UUAAACAGCUGAUUAUCUUGAGCAGCUGUAAUUUGGUUCAAAAUUUUGCAAACGUACGGCACAAAAAUUGUAGUUAAUUUUAUUAAGCGAAUAAAACUUAUUGUUCUGACUUUUUAAUUCAGAAAAAACGCAGUAGCAACUGUUUCUAUAAGUUUGUGCUGGUAACAAAUAGCAAAGAUGUCUAAAGACAAUAGCGGCAUGUCGCACAACUCCAGUAAUAUGUCACUAGAGGAUUGGACCGAUCACAUUAACACGCGUCUGGAUGUAAUCUAUAAAGACCUCUGCGACUUUGAACAAAGCGUUACUGCACAAAAUGAAACUACCGAUUCGGGUGAAGUAAAACUGAUGGAGCUGCUUGAGGCAGUUAAUGAGAUACAGCGCACUGCCCGCAGCAUACGCCCUAUAACGGGCACAUUGAAAGACAAACAGGCGCAUAUGCGUGAACAAAUGGAGAUGCUGCAACGGUCAGUCGAGCUGAUGGAAUUGGAGAAUAGAACGCGUGCAGUGGACAUUAUGGAAGAGCCGAUGGAGUGACGGCAGUAUUGCUAUAAACAACAGUUACAUAAACAUAUGCGAGCGUUCAUUUACAUCAACAUAAAUACAUACAUACAAACAAUAUUGAGUGGCAUUUAUAGUGCAGCAGCAUUUAAUUAGCCCUUAAUUUUCAAUAGUUUUGUAAGCAUUUAACGUAGUAUUAUUAAUUUAACUUUGAAAUAGUUGUAAG